CGGGAGGGGGGGUGGGGAAGGGAGGGAGCAAUUGAAUUUCAAACACAAACAACUGCAUGGGGCACCGACCCGUCUCCCGGGAGCCAACCUGCUGCUAGCACCACCUGGGCGCCGCUGGCUCCCGUCCCCCCCCACCCCCGCCCCCAGGCCGCUUGCUCUCCGGAGGGGUGGGGGAGAGCUGCCUGCCGGAUCGCUGGGUUUUGCCUCCAAACUUCACCCUCCUCCCCCCCACACACACACCUAAGCCCCCACCCCCCCACUUUCCAGCAGCCUGGCGCUCAAGGCGAAGAUGUCCCGGUCCAACAGGCAGAAGGAGUACAAAUGCGGGGACCUGGUGUUUGCUAAGAUGAAGGGCUACCCCCACUGGCCUGCUAGGAUCGACGAGAUGCCAGAAGCCGCCGUCAAAUCCUCCUCCAAUAAAUACCAAGUCUUCUUCUUCGGGACCCAUGAAACGGCGUUCCUGGGUCCCAAAGACCUCUUCCCCUACGAAGAGUGCAAGGAGAAGUUCGGGAAGCCCAACAAACGGAAAGGGUUCAGCGAAGGCUUGUGGGAGAUCGAGAACAACCCGACCGUCAAAGCCUCUGGGUAUCAGCCGACCCAGAAGAAGAGCUGCCCGGAGGACGCCGAACCUGAGCAGGAGCCGGAGGGCGACGGUGAGAAGAAAGGCAACGCGGAGGGCAGCAGUGACGAGGAGGGCAAGCUGGUGAUCGACGAGCAAACCAAGGAGAAGAACGAGAAGGCUGGGAUCAAGCGGAAAGCGGAAGAUGCCUUGGAGGACUCCCCUAAACGCGCCAAAGAGGCGGAGGGCCAGGAAGGGGAGAAGAAAGUAGAGAACGAAGAAGGCCCCAAGGAGGGAGAGAAACAGAAGCCCAGCCCCGCCGAAGGGGAGAAAGAGAAGAACAGCGACCCCGCUGGAGUCCCGGACGCGAGAGAGGCCAAGCCAGAGGGGAAGGAGAAAGCCGCCGCGGAGGAAAUCAGAGAUCACAAGGAGAGUCUGUAGCUGGCCGGCCUUUCCAAGCUGAGCUGAUCGUCUGGGCUGUUCCUUUCCCGCUGGGCUCCCUGGGUGCUAAACAGUUUCGUUCCUCAUCGGCUCGUCGCAUCUGCAAUUCAGGAAAAAAGAAAUAAAAAGAAACCAGUAACACGAACCAUCCCGUCUCUCCUCCCCCCCCUCUCCCCUCCGCCCACCCGUAGCAGGGCGCAUGCUUGUAAUAGUGAUUUCUAGGGGGCGCUGAUCAGUUGAUUUGAAAUAAAAGCGAUUCAUGCCUUUUUAAAAUGUU